UUCUUCUUCUUCUUCUUCUUCCUCUUCCUCUUCUUCUUCUUCCAGCACUCUGCUGAAGUAAAACCCGAAGAAGAAGAAGAAGAAGAAGAAGAAGAAGAAGAAGAAGAAGAAGAAGAAGAAGACGACUCGCUGAGAGAAGGAGACCCGACCGAGCCGAGGUCCCGGACUCUCCCCCACCAUGAGCCGCUGAGCUCCGGCUGCAGCAGCGCGCCGACGCGCCGGACCGGGACCCGAGGAGAGAUCGGACCGGACCGGGACCCGAGGAGAGACCGGACCGGACCGGGACCAGUCCUAGUGGACCCGCAGGACAGAGAUGUAGCAUGUGUGUUGGUGUGACCGGCGGACCAUCAUGCACCUCUUCCUGCUCCUGAUCCUCCAAGCCACAGCAGCCUUCGGACAGAUAGAUCCAGCCCACUGCCGCUAUGCCUUGGGUAUGGAGGAUGGACGGAUUAAAGACGAUGACAUCACAGCCUCCAGCCAAUGGUACGAGACCACGGGACCCAAGUUCGCCAGGUUGAACAGGGAGGAGGGGGACGGCGCCUGGUGUCCUGAGGGUCAGCUGGAGCCUUCAGACAGUCAGUACCUUCAGGUGGAUCUGGGCCGACUCACCUUCCUGACCGUGGUGGGGACUCAGGGUCGGUACGCCCGGUACUCCGGGAACGAGUUCUCCAGAGCGUACCGGCUCAACUACAGCCGGGACGGCCUGCUGUGGAGGUCCUGGAGGAACCGGCUGGGCAACACGGUGAUGGAGGGCAACAAGAACGCCUACACCUCCGUCAUCAACGACCUGCACCCGCCCGCCGUGACCCGCUACGUCCGUCUGAUCCCCGUCACCAGACUGUCCACCACCGUGUGCAUGAGGGCAGAGCUCUACGGCUGUCAGUGGGACGACGGCCUCAUCUCCUACGGAGGACCGGAGGGUCAACUCAUGAUGCCGCCCGGCUACCCAAUAGCAAGCCUGAACGACUCCACAUAUGACGGGGAGCACGAGAGGAGGAGGCUGGUGGGUGGGCUUGGCCAGCUGACGGACGGCGUGGUGGGCCUGGAUGACUUCCUGAUGACCCGUCAGUACCACGUGUGGCCGGGCUACGACUACCUGGGCUGGAGGAACGACUCGCUGGGGGGGCGGAGCUACGUGGAGCUGCAGUUUGUGUUCGACAGGCAGAGGAACCUCAGCUCCAUGAAGGUUCACAGUAACAACAUGUUCUCCCGCGGAGUGAAGAUCUUCUCCUCCGUGUCCUGCUGGUUUAAGCCCCGCCUCAUCUCCAGCUGGGAGGCGGAGCCUGUGGCGUUCAACACGGUGCUGGACGACAGGAACCCGAGUGCCCGGUACGUCACCGUGCCGCUCAGCCGCCGCGCUGCCAAGGCCGUGAAGUGUCGCUUCCACUUCGCUGACGUUUGGAUGAUGUUCAGUGAGAUCUCCUUUCAGUCAGUGGACACCGUCCUCACGACCCUGAGGCCUGUGGUGUCGCCCUCGUCUCCGGUUAAGAAGGACAUCACCAUGGCGACCACCCCAGCGACAGGUUUGACCUCUGACCCUUCGGCCAGCGUGCCGCCGGUCAGCGGGAACACGCCCAUCCUGAUUGGCUGCCUGGUGACCAUCAUCCUGCUGCUCGUCAUCAUCAUCUUCCUCAUCCUCUGGUGCCAGUAUGUCUGCAAGGUUCUGGAGAAGGCUCCUCGGCAUAUCCUUGAGGACGUGACGGUCCGGUUGUCCUCCUGCAGUGACACCAUCAUCCUCCAGACCCCCCCUGUGCCCCCCCGCUCCGGCCACGCCCCCUCAGGCCCCGCCCACACGGACCCCCACUACGAGAGGGUCUUCCUGUUGGACCCUCAGUACCAGAACCCGGCAGCGCUGAGGAACAAACUGCCGGAGCUGUCGCAGAGCGCCGAGGCCUCAGCGCUCCUCCUCGGCUCUCUUCUCUACGACCAGCUGACUUCCAGUCACAUGACUCCUGCCUGGCUGCGAGCGUGUGGAGGCGGCUACGCGGAGCCCGACGUGACGCAGUGCACGCCCCACCAGUGUUUCCAGAGCAACGCGCCGCACUACGCAGAGACGGACAUCGUGCGCCUGCAGGGCGUGACGGGCAGCAACAUGUACGCCGUGCCGGCGCUCACCGUGGACUCGCUCACCAGGAAGGACAUCUCCGCCGCCGAGUUCCCGCGACAGCAGCUGAUCUUUAGGGAGAAGCUGGGGGAGGGGCAGUUUGGAGAGGUGCACCUGUGCGAGGCCGAGGGACUCCCGGAGUUCCUCGGGGAGGGGUCUCCGCUCCCGGACCGGGACGAGCGCUCGGUGCUGGUGGCCGUCAAACAGCUGAGGGCCGAUGCAGCCGGACAAGCGAGGAACGACUUCCUGAAGGAGAUCAAGAUCAUGUCCCGACUCAACGACCCCAACAUCAUCCGGCUGCUGUGCGUGUGCGUGGCGUCCGACCCGCUGUGCAUGGUGACCGAGUACAUGGAGAACGGAGACCUCAACAUGUUCCUGUCGCAGCGCGAGAUCGAGAGCACGCUGACGCACGCCAACAACAUCCCGUCCGUCAGCCUGUCCGACCUCCUCCACAUGUCGGUGCAGAUCUCGUCGGGGAUGAGGUACCUAGCGUCCCUGAACUUCGUGCACCGCGACCUGGCCACCAGGAACUGCCUGCUGGACCGCCGCCUCACCAUCAAGAUCGCCGACUUCGGGAUGAGCCGGAACCUGUACAGCAGCGACUACUACCGGAUCCAGGGCCGGGCGGUGCUGCCCAUCCGGUGGAUGGCCUGGGAGAGCAUCCUGCUGGGUAAGUUCACCACGGCCAGCGACGUGUGGGCGUUCGGCGUCACCCUGUGGGAGAUCUUCACGCUGUGCAAGGAGCAGCCCUACAGCCUGCUGUCCGACGAGCAGGUCAUCGAGAACACUGGCGAGUUCUUCAGGAACCAGGGAAGACAGAUCUUCCUCUACUGCCCUCCUCUCUGCCCGCCUUCACUCUUUGAGCUGAUGAUGCGCUGCUGGAGUCGUGACAUACCGGACCGACCCACCUUUGAGGGGCUCUACCAAGCCCUGAGGCCCCACGUCCACCAGUGAGCCGGAGCCACUGGUGGACGACUGACACCAGUAGAUCGAGGACUGGAAUUACGUCACAAGAGUAUGCAGCGUUAAGAGAAAAGAAGGAACUGCAGAAGUAAGAUGGAGGGAGGGGAGAAGAGCCGGUCAGUCGUUAGUGAACUCAGAUUUUUAUCAUUUCUGAUUUCACAGUUUCUUUAAAUCCCCUUAGACCGAAAUAUCUUUUUAUCACGUUGUUUUGUGCCGAAAGUGCCACAAGCUUUAUAUUCUUCUUCUAUUUGGCUUUUAAAGAUGCCAAAAACUGGACAGACUCCUCAAUCCUGGUAGUUUCCCCAGUCCCUAUGUGUUUAUUAUUGUAAUUGUAAAGCACUGUCUGUGUCUCUCAGUUAUACAUGUUCAUAUAUUAACCCACACUGGAGCUAGGGUUAGGGUCAAACUGUAGUGGAGCUUUAUUUCUACAUGUGUAUUCUAUUUGAUUUUUUUUCCUCGUUUUCAUUUGGUAUUUUCUUUGUGGAUAUGAAUGUUGUCCAGCUGAGGUUCACAGACUGAACAUCCGUCAGAGGGUAGUUAAGUAGAGGAAGUCGGUUGGAGGCCCACGGAAACCAAACCAAACAAUGUUUGUGGCUCAUUGGAUGCCAAAGAGAACAAAGAGAGUGUAAGUGAUUAAACAAUUACAAAAAAACUCAAUAUAUCAUUAGCAUCUGCAAGUUGGUGGAUGCUUUCACAAAAAGUGCCUAAAAAUGUGUAGCACAAGUAGGGUUAGUGCUGGGCCUAAACCAUGCCCGUAGGCUUAGUGUUGGGCCUAAAGAUGCCUGUAGGCUUAGUGUUGGGCCUAAAGAUGCCUGUAGGCUUAGUGUUGGGCCUAAAGAUGCCUGUAGGCUUAGUGUUGGGCCUAAAGAUGCCUGUAGGCUUAGUGUUGGGCCUAAAGAUGCCUGUAAGGUUAGUAUUUCUAGCCCUUAGUCUCUGGAUACGCUUUGUCUCCAUUAGCCCAGCUCUGCCCUCGGGUUGUAGUUUGGUUUGCGCCUCCAAAGAUGAGCCAGCUAGCCAGAAAGAAACAUGUUAGGCGUAAAAGUCCGUAGUUUCACUCAGUGCGUUUACAUGCAAUCGAAUUAUUGGCUUAGUCGGACUGAAAUCGAAUUAUCCGUUUCAUGUAAACACCUUUGUCGGACUAUGUGCGGUCCGACUUCGAUCCGAUUAACACCCCUGGAUAGCUCGAUCCGAUCCAGUUGAUAAUUCGACUCUCGCGGCAUGUAACGGUGAAUUCGAUUCGGAACUGGACUUUGCGUCUUUGCGCAUGCUCGAGAUCCCGCCGCCCUCCUCCCUCCCUCCCUCCCAUGUCGUGACCCGGA